AAAACUUUAAAAAUGGUAAUAUGCAUUCAUAAUGAGCGGAGACUUUCGAAUUUUCCAGACAUGCCUUCCCCUGCGUGCUUCACAGACUGGAAAGGUGCUUGAAGGCCAUGGAAACUUGAAAACCUAGCUGACCGGGAUGUUCCUCAACUUUCCAUGAAUAUGUGCCUGCUCAAAAUUAUGAUUUUUUGAGUUCUUUUAUCGACUUGGUUUGCAGAUAGAGUACGUACUCUGAUAGCUCAAAGAAGAAGAGAAGCAUUCGUGUUUUUUAUUUUUUUUACAGAAUCAUGAAGAACAAGUUCAGAAAAUAUAAGCACUGAAUAAGUGAGUUGUGUGUUGGAUAUUUUCAGGUGGUUGAUGGUUGAUAUUUGUUGAUAAUAUGUUGUAGAUGAAUCCUUGAAAUCUUUUCAAGGGUUUAAGGGCGGAAUUCUAGCCUUUAUUUGGAGAUAAUCCUGUUUAUGGAAACGAAGUAAUUCUUGUUAAUGCUUAGGAAUUAAUACCUCGUUUUUCAAGCGAUUACCUUCUACAUUGAGGCAUUUAGAAGCCAAGAUACAUUUUGCUUGGGCAUAUACAAGAAAUCUUUACUGUACCUCUCUUCAUUGGGAAAGUAACUUUAAUUGCUUUCAUUCAUCUUGAGUAAUCUAGCGGUUCUGCUAAUUCCGUCAAUGUCUGAGAAAAGCAGACUUCCCUCUAGGUUUCUUUUUUUCUUGAUUCCCAUUUCUAUGUUCUUUUUUAUCAUUUCCUCAGUUUCCCUUCUUCAACUAGGCAAUAUUUCUCUCCUACCCGGGUCUGUUUUCAAGCUAAUUCUUCUGAAUAGUACAGCAGUUUAUUUGAAAUCCAAUGUCAAAAGUGAACCAGUCAAAAUUCCCUUCUUCUCUUCCAUGGCAUCACAGAUUGAUACUAAAGCAUCAAUGAGAAGUGGAGGUGUUAAAUGUCCAAAUUCAGAAAUGGCUGCUAUUGGAAAGCAAAAAAGGGAAAAUUGUGACCACAAUCGAGCUCUCUUAAGGGUAUAUAUGUAUGACUUGCCUCCUGAUUUUCAUUUUGGGUUAUUGGCUUGGAAGGGAAAAGCAAAUCAAACAUGGCCAAAUGUUGAUGACCUUAAUCAUAUACCACUAUACCCAGGUGGGUUGAACCUACAGCACAGUAUAGAAUACUGGCUGACCCUUGAUCUUCUAGCAUCAAGCACACCCAAGGUGGCCAGACCUUGCAGUGCGGUUAGAGUGCAGAAUUCUAGUCAAGCAGAUAUAAUUUUUGUGCCAUUUUUCUCAUCUUUGAGUUACAAUCGACAUUCUAAGCUUCAUGGAAAGGAAAAAGUUAGCGUGAACAAGAUGUUGCAGGAUAGAUUGGUGCAAUUUUUAAUGGGUCAGCAUGAAUGGAAGCGAUAUGGGGGAAGGGAUCAUUUGAUUGUAGCCCACCAUCCAAAUAGCAUGAUAGAUGCUAGAAAGAAGUUGGGUUCUGCCAUGUUCAUUCUUGCAGAUUUCGGUAGAUACCUGCUUGAAAUUGCAAAUCUUGGGAAGGAUAUAAUAGCUCCUUACAAGCAUGUUGUGAGGACAAUUCCAAGUGGUAAAUCAGCUCAGUUUGACGAGCGUCCCAUAUUGGUGUUUUUCCAAGGAGCAAUAUAUAGGAAGGAUGGAGGAGUCAUUCGCCAAGAACUGUAUUACCUUCUGAGAGAUGAGAAAAAUGUACACUUUACAUUUGGAACUGUUCGAGGGAAUGGGAUCAACAAGGCUAGUCACGGAAUGGCCUCAUCCAAGUUCUGUCUCAAUAUCGCUGGCGAUACCCCUUCCUCAAAUCGCCUCUUCGAUGCCAUUGUGAGUCACUGCGUUCCUGUGAUAAUAAGCGAUGACAUUGAGCUACCAUUUGAAGAUGUCUUAGACUACUCAAAAUUCAGUGUAUUUGUGCGUGCAUCUGAUGCUGUUAAGAAAGGUUACCUACUGAAUCUUCUUCGGAGUAUUGAGCGAGACAAGUGGACCAUGAUGUGGGAAAGACUAAAGGAUAUUGCACCGCAGUUUGAAUAUCAGUAUCCAUCUCAGCCUGGUGAUGCUGUAGAUAUGAUUUGGAAGGCAGUAUCACGUAAGAGAUCUUCGGUGCAGUUUACACUUAACAGGAAGAAAAGAUAUCGCAGACCUGAGAUUCAUUAAUCUAAAUGACCAACAGCUAAAGGACAACUUAAUACAUUUCUUGGUCUUACAUGCAUUGACAAAGAUGAUUUUUUGCUGGAUUGCAUGUUUUUGGAUACGACAAAAGCUCAGUUUUUUUUUUUCCCCAAGAUCUAUAGGUGCAUCUGUUGUCUAUAGUCCUUUAUACUGUUGAUUUCGUUGGUAUAUUUUUUUUCCUUACUAGAUGGCAAUCAUCUUUAUAGGAUUCUGUCACAGAGCACGUUAAUGUUCU